CUCCCGGGCCCGUGCCGGUGGGAGCGGGGCGGGCGGGGCGCCUCUCCCGGGCCCGUGCCGGUGGGAGCGGGUCGGGCGGGGCGCCGCUGCCGGGCCCGUGCCCGCCGCUGCCGCCCGGCGGCGCUGAAGAUGGCGGCGGCGCGGCUGUGUGGGUGCCGCUGCCGGGCGCUGCUGUCCCGGCCCGCCGGAGCUCUGCGGGCGCGGCGCGGCUUGGCCGCGGGGCCGGAGAUGCACUUCGGCUUCCAGACCGUGACGGAGGAGGAGCGCAGGGAGAAAAUUUAUCAGGUCUUUGAAACUGUGGCCAAGAAAUACGAUGUAAUGAAUGAUUCAAUGACUCUAGGAAUUCAUCGUGUGUGGAAGGAUAUCCUCAUGCAUAAAAUGAACCCUUGCCCAGGAACACUCCUCCUUGAUGUUGCUGGGGGAACAGGUGACAUUGCCUUUCGAUUCAUUAAUUAUGUUCGCUCUGUACGACAACACCAGCUCCAGAGGAAGCUCAAACACCAUCAGAAUUUAUCAUGGCAGGAAAUUUUCGAGAGUUACCAGAAAGACCAGUUUAACUCACUAGGGGAUUCCCAAGUGGUGGUCUGUGACAUCAACAGAGAAAUGUUAAAAGUUGGGAAGCAGAAAGCACAGCAUCUUGGCUACUCUGAAGGCUUGUCCUGGGUACUUGGGAAUGCUGAAGAGUUGCCCUUUGAUGAUGAUAAGUUUGAUGUUUACACAAUUGCCUUUGGAAUCCGAAAUGUAACUCGUAUUGAUUUGGCACUGCAAGAGGCCUAUCGCGUGCUGAAACCAGGAGGAAGAUUUCUCUGCCUUGAAUUUAGUCAUGUCAACAACCCUCUUCUUUCCAGGCUCUAUGAUCUCUACAGUUUCCAGGUUAUCCCUGUUCUGGGUGAGGUCAUUGCUGGUGACUGGAAGUCUUACCAGUAUCUGGUGGAGAGCAUCCGACAGUUCCCCCCUCAGGAGGAGCUGAAGGCAAUGAUAGAAGAUGCAGGCUUUUUCAAAGUGGAUUAUGAGAACUUGAACUUUGGCAUUGUUGCCAUUCACUCGGGUUUCAAACUGUGAGUCUGGGUAGCAAAACACCAAAAGUAUAAUUUUCAUGAGGGAUAUGAAAGCUGUGGAAUUUUAAAGGUAUCAAAAGGAGUUCUAAGUUGUGCAGCAGAUACUUGCUCAGGAGCUGGGCUCAGAUGAACACAAGUUACCUCUCCCCACCAAGAAACCUGUGGAGUGACUCCAGUGGUGGUUCUUACACUUGCAUUUCCCUUCAAGUGCAAUGUAAAGGAUGUGGCCAAAACUGAGCAGUGCUGACAAGUGAAGCAAGUUGGCAGUGGGUGUGGAUAAAGACACUGACUGAUUAGUCUCCAAAUAAGAUGCCUUUCUUUUUACUAAGCUUUAAAGGAGGAUAUUAUACUUGUGAGAAGUAACUUGGAUUUAUGAAGUAACUAUGGACUUUCAUGAAGCUGUUAUUAUCUUUGUCAUGUGGAGUUUAGGGAUUUUUUCCCAUGGCUCCUUCUUUCAAAGGCGAAUGAAGGCUUAUGAAAUAAAAGGGCUCCGCAUCAA